GAGGCGCGGCCUCUUUGCAGGUGUAAUGUAACGGAGCUGUCGCAAAGAAUGGCUAAGAGGCUCCUCGGGGCAAAUACACGGUAACUGCACCCCCUUGUUCAUCUCAGGGAGAGCAGGAAACAGCAACUUUUCAUGGGUGGUGGCCUGUAAGGGGAGUGCAUGGUUUCAGGCUGGACAUCUGUUGCUCAUGCUCACCCCCGCCCCCCACCCCCGACACCCAAAGAAGGCCGCUUGGUUCUCUGGGUGAAUUUGUUGAAUGGAGGCAGUGACCUGGCAGUCGUGAGUGUGUGUGGGAAAAUCCCACAGCCAAAGAGAGAUGCUGCAUUCACAUGCUAAUUGUGUUUGUAUAAAUAGGAGGGCCGUAGCGCGCCGAGGGCCCUAGAGACACGCUUUCGAGAAGGGACUUCCAGCAUCAUGACUGCUACAUCGAUGGCGCACGCUGUAGGGAAACACACCGGUGCAAAAGAGGAGAGGAAGAUGCGGAAGCCUCUAAUUGAGAGGAAACGACGCGAGAGGAUAAAUAAUUGUUUGGAUCAAUUGAAGGAGGCCGUGAUCAGCGCCUUCAGACUUGAUCAAUCCAAACUCGAAAAAGCCGACAUACUCGAAAUGACAGUGAAGCAUCUGCAAAACAUCCAGACCACUAAAGUCAAUGACCCUCUGGAGGCCCAGCAGAGAUACAGCACAGGUUACAUCCAGUGCAUGCAGGAAGUACACAACAUGCUCCUCACCUGUGACUGGAUGGACAAAACUCUUGGCUCCCGCCUGCUCAACCACCUGCUCAGGUCCCUAGCCAGGUCCACCGAAGAGCACGCCGUACAACCCGCGGCCAGAAAUGACGUCCCAACUCUGGUCAGUCAAGACGCGCGACCCCAGCGCCAGGAGAGGGUUGUGCUGCACGGCUCCCGCUUGGGGACCUUGGAGAUGUGGCGGCCCUGGUGAAUCUCUGAAUUCCAUCAGCUUGUUGUUUGGGCCAACCUGUGUUAUGUAUCUUAUAGAUAUGCUGCUCAGAAGACAAACGUGGGGCAGUUUUGUUCCAGUCGUGAUUGUUUUUGGUGUGUUAUAAUGAUUCUUAUAAAGACCUUUGCGCUGUACUUCUCUUCCGAAGUUGACUUCUCGUAGCCUGCUUUGUAGAAGGCUCUUAUUAAUCUUUCAGGUAUUUAUUUUAUUAACGGAGUAUUUAUUCGCUAUUAUAAUGUAUUGCUUUCCUUCUUUCGUCCGCUUUCUCUGCAUUGCGUAGAUCUUUGUCUGACCCUUUUACUUUAUUAAUAUCGGUCACAAUAAAAGAUAUGAAUGACUGCG